CACAGCCCGUUUCCCAUCUAGAGCCCUCCCUGCGCAAAUGUAAUUUUCGGGAAAACAAAUCGAUACCCAAUUCACAAUCUCCCACAUCUGGACAAUAAUAUUCCCCUUCCGUCCCACACAAACUAGAUGAAAAACCAAUCGCGAAAUUGAGACUUCGAAUUUAUUUUUUCGAUUUUAAUUUUCGGCGCUAUGUCCACUCCCAACAUGAAUUCUGUUAACGAGAACAGUUAUAUCUUAGAGGGACACGCAAAUGUAGCUGAAGAAAAGAUUGAAGAAAACAUCACACCUAAGUCCACCUUACCUCUUGCAUGUUUUAAUUUCAUCAAUUCCAUAAUAGGCAGUGGAGUCAUUGGAAUUCCUUAUGCUCUGCAGAAGGCAGGGUUUGGUUUUGGUCUAGUCCUGUUGCUAUUGGUCGCAUACAUAACAGACUACUCUAUUAUUUUGAUGAUAAAAUGCGGACACUUGAGUGGUAGAUUUUCUUACCAGGGAAUUAUGGAAGCAGCCUUUGGAAGACCUGGGUAUAUACUUCUAGGUAUACUACAAUUUUUUUACCCUUUCGUCGCCAUGGUCUCUUAUAACGUAGUUGUUGGAGACACUGUAACAAAAGUCCUGAUUAGACUUACAGGGAUGAGCACCUCUUCUUUGUUCGCCAAACGACAAGUCAUUGUUUUUCUGGCCAAUUUGUUGAUUACCAUACCGUUGUGCCUCUACAGGAAUGUUUCGAAGUUAGCCAAGAUAUCAUUCUUCAGCUUGGUCUGCAUCGCCUUCAUCCUAUUCUCAAUCCUAGUAAGGAUGGGAGAGAUGAGCCACAGAGUACCAGAACAUCAAGCCUCUUGGACUUUCUUCAACGACGACAUAGUCCCAGCAAUAGGAAUUAUGGCUUUUGCUUUCAUGUGCCAUCAUAACACCUUCUUGAUUUACACCUCCAUCGAAGAACCGGAUGAGAAAAAAUGGGCUACAGUCACUCAUGUAUCCAUAUCGACCAGUUUGAUCGUGGCCCUGCUGUUUGGUUUGGCUGGUUAUGCCACUUUUGCAGCGUACUCUCAAGGUGAUCUAUUGGAGAAUUAUUGCUGGGACGAUGACCUAAUGAACCUUAGCAGACUGCUCUUCAGCGUGCAGAUACUGCUCACUUAUCCGAUUGAAUGUCUUGUGACCAGGGAAGUUAUAGAAAAUUCAAUUUUCAAGGAUGAUCCUAGCGCUAUAGUCUCCGACAACACACACUAUGCUAUCACUUUGGCAAUAAUAUUCGUCACUUAUUUGAUAUCGAUAUCAACAGAUUGUCUAGGGGUUGUUUUGGAGCUAAACGGUGUUCUCGCUGCUGUUCCACUAGCUUACGUUCUUCCUGCGCUCAGUUACCUGAGGCUUUCUGAAGGCAGCUCUCUGAGCAGGGAGAAAAUUCCUGCUUUAGGAGUCGUGAUUUUUGGCGUUUCCAUCGCCCUGUUCGGUGUUCUCUUCUUGUUCAUGGAUUACGACAAGUUUAACGUAUGUUCACACGGCGCUAUCAUGGAAUACUGUAAACCUAAAAACACCACUAUUUUCGCCAAUAACACUCACCUGUAUCAGGUCAAAAACGUCUCUUUUAUUUCCACGAACAAACUACCCAGAAUGAGAAGUUCUGGUUAUGCCAAAACGAUAGGUUUCUAGUAUUUUAGUGAUAGAGAUUGAUCUGAUGUUCUUCCUAUGUGGAUUAAGUGACAAAGUACAUCGCUUAAGUUAGUUUAAAUUAUCUGAAAUCAUCAUGAUUACGAAAAGGAAUACAUAGACUGCGACGUGAACAAAACUAGGUUUUUGAAAUUCACUAUAUGCUAUUUGUAUGCUGCUUAGAACUAAUAAGUAUAUAAAACGAAGUAUUUUUGGGUUUAUUUUUCAUUAGAGCAGCAAUAGUUCGUCAAAAAUGUGUUUGAUUCAAAGUACAAUCAUUUUUAUUCCGAUCUGUUUAAGUGUAGGUGAAUUUUUUCAGUUUAGCUUCGUGAAAAAUUGUUGGGAAUCAAAAAUGAUAUAAUCAAAUUCAACCAAAUAAUGACGUACUGAAAAUUAAUGGAAUUUUUAGCGAAUAUACAAUUUAACAUUGCGUACAUAAUAUAUUCUCGUUAAGUGAAAGAAAACUCCAAUUUGAAAUAAUGCAAAUAGUACAGUAUUUCAGAGAGACUUAUUGCAAAAUUUCCAUAUUUUUAUAUGACUGCGUUUUACAAAUUAUUUAGAUUUUCUUGAUUAUAUUCCGAGUAUAUAAAAAGGUAUUAUCUUCAUAUGCUUACAUCGUUUUGAGCAAUUUAAUAUGAUUGUUCCUGUUUCGAAAAUUUUGUUAAUUAAUCAAUUGAAAGAAAGAUAUAUUUACUAUAUUUCCUGUGGUACGUGUUUAUAGUAAAGUAAUAAUUAUACAGUUAUUUGUUGAUAUACAUAAUAUAUGUUUUGUUGAUCUGAUUAUUAUGUGAUAAUUAAGUAAGAAUCUGUAUUUGUUGAGAUUGAUAUUGAAUUAUUAAAAAUAUAUAUUCUAACGUAAGGAAGUAAAUGAAGACACAGCCAAAUUUGUUUACUUCUCAAAAUUGGAUUAAAUGUUGAGCUCAAAAAUCAUCAAUAAAACAAUAUUUUCAGAAAAUUUCUGUCAAAAACACAGGAAUACCUACAGAAGUAUUAUAUUCAGACUGAUCGAAACAUUUAUUGCACCACAUUUUGAAUUUAUCGCACGUAUAUUUCCAAUUCUUGCUGUGACUUUCUAUGUGAAUGAAUAGAGGUGUAGAUAUAUACAUGAUAAAAAUAU